UUGGUAAAAGUAGCAGGGUCAUAAGUGCCCUCUUUUGAUGCUGUACCAUGAAGCUAUUCAACUUUGAAUUCACCGAGUAAGGAUCCUGGCGGAAUCUUGCAUCAUUAUGGUUGCAUUCAGCAACGAUUGAACUUACUCGAGCUUAGUAGAGGUAAGUUCAAAUUUACCGUUGAAUGAAUUGAAGCUGCAUUUGGUUGGGUGAUGAAUUCAUAUUUACCGAGCAACAACAAUUUAUUCAACCCAAACAAGUUCUAUGCACAAAUAAUUAAUGGAAAACAGUUAACAAUCAGGAUUGCAAGACUCCUUCAGCCGUGCAUAACGUGCCGUGUUUGUAGUGGGUGUGUUGGUAUACUCCUGUAACUUGCAACCAUGGCGGAGCGCACCCCGAUGAACGGAAAUUUCUGUUGCUCUUAAUUUCCGGUAAUUAUAGUUGGAAAUAGUUUACCGUUUGUUCCCUUUCGUUUUCGUCCUCCUUGGUAGAUGCUAGUAAAAGUGCUAUUUCUACUGCUUAUUUUCUUCUACAGGCGAGAAGACGGUGGUCGCUGAUUGCAAUCUGGGUCGUCCUGCAAGAAAUAGCCCAAGAAUACUAGGGCGUGGGACUUUUUGGACGGUGGGACAUAUUCUGGACACGAUCCCUUAUAAUUUAUCCCAUUUUAUACCAAAUGGAAUAAUUAGCUAUUACCUAUGCUACGUAGACUUCUGAUCAUACAUAAAUUUAACAAUUUGUACACAUCAACAUUUCUUAAAUGCUUCAUGCACAAAAAAAAACAAAAGAAAUUUCAGCACAACUGAUCAACUGUCAGAUGAUUCAGCAAGUUGAAAAAAAAUUGCCGAUACUCAGUAAUUCGUGUUGCUGAAGCAAAAAAAAAAUCAGUACGUUUGCUGAAUAUGUACCAUCACAAAAAAAAAUGGCAGUCUAUGGAGCGUAGACUUUUACAGACACCCCUCAUCCCCCCAGAAUGUCUACGUGGAAUGAGUUAUAGAGGGAAGUGCCAUAAAGGACCAUGUUUAAAUGAACCUACCCCCUAUAUGGGUCCUUGCUGUUAUUGCAGAAGAAAAACUUUCAUUAUUUCAUGUUGCAUUCGCUUGUUUUUUGCUAGAGAAGAAUGAAUAACACACCGUAUGGCAGAGUAGUUUUCAAUAUAACUGAGACCAGCGUACUAAAGUUGGUCAUGUAUUUGUAACUAGGGCAGUUUUUUAAUGUUAUGUCAGCUGUCAGUUAUGCCUUGACUUGCGCUACCAAAAGUUCUUGGCACUGUGAUAUAACAUUUGUAAGAAUUUCCAUAUAUUGGUGUAAAUGAAUUUCUGAGCUGUGGAAAUCUUCCUAUACGUCCCAGAACACAAAAAAGGCGACUAAAAUGCGGAGAACUACCGAGGAAUCACUCCUCUAUGUGCUUGCUUCAAAGUCUUUGUAAUAAUUAUCAACGACGCCCUGUCUUCUUAUUAGAAUAACUAGCCACAGAAGUCCAAUGUCGCGACUGUUCGUGUGACCAACAUCUAGUUUGCCACGCCCUUACAGCGUCAGUAGCGUCAAAUAAAUUUUGCUGCCGAAUUGCAAGACAAAGAGAACUUUUACAGUCAACUGAAUGCUGUCAUGGACAAGAUUCUAAAAGGUAAUAUCAAGAUAUGACGCGAAUGACCCGCGCGGUUAAAGCGUCUUUAAUAAAAAAAAAAUAAAAUAUCAAGAUCCUCAUGGGCGACUUCAACGAGAAGGUUGGUUCCGACAACCGGGACUAUAAGCACGUCAUGGGACACCAAGGUCUUGGAGAAAUGAGCGAAAACGGAGAGCUGUUUGCAGAGUUUUGUGGCAACAAUGACAUUGUGAUUGGGGGGUCGCUCUUUCGUCAUCGAUCAGUGCACAAAGUGACAUGGGUUUCCCGUGAUGGCGCCACGGAAAAUCAAAUCGACCACAUCUGCAUCAGCCGAAAAUGGAGACGGAGCCUUCUUGAUGUGCGGAACAAACGUAGCGACGACAUUGCGUCCAACCAUCAUCUCCUAAUCGGCGAGAGCCGACUGUGCAUUGCUAGGAUCCAUCGACAGGAGGAGAAAAUCCGGCGCCGAUUUCUGAAAAAUCCGGCGCGAUGAAAAAGGCAGGCCCCUGGCAUCAAUGAAAUUUAUCGUAGCCAACAUCUAACUGCCUUAUACUCAUAUUCGUGCAAAUUGUAACGAGCGUGUAAUCAACAAACGCAGCUUUUGUUUGAUGUUGUGAGCCACACACGAAAUCACAUUCACAAUGCGUGUUUGCUGGGUUGCUUUAUUCAACUAAUCGCAUGCUCCUCUUACCGUUCAUUAAUAUUAAAGCGAGUUUGAAGUGUUUUGUGAUCAUAAGCAGUGGAAAAAAUGAUUCCAAAAACUGAUCAACAAACCAAAAUAAACGUUAAACAAAAAAAUGUUGAUGUUUUCGCAUUUGACAGUGGGCGCUAUUUAUUAGCGCCCAGAACAUCCUGUCUACCAUGAUUCCAAUGCAUUGAUAUAGGCCGUGUCAGGGGCCUGGAAAAGGUCCUUCGUCGAUGAGCUAGAGAACCGUGCAGCGGAUAUUCCAGCAGGUGGAAGCGUAGAAGAUCAAUGGAGCGUCAUCAAAAACGCCUUCAUCGCCACCGGCGAGAAAAAAUGGGUGAGCGACGCACCCGAAGAAGGCAGUGGAUCACAGAUGAUACCUGGAGGAAAAUAGAGGAGCGAAGGAACGCCGAAGCCGCGCGCGAUAGAGCUAGCGAAUGAGGAGCCAAAGCCGUAGCCCGCCAGCGCUAUUCGGCUCUUGAGAAGGAAGUGAAACGCUCAAGUAGACGGGACAAAAAAGCGUGGGCGGACUCCCUAGCCGACGAAGGCGAGAAAGCCGCAAACACCGGCGAUAUCCGUAUCAUCUACGAUGUUUUACGUCGCCAUAGUGAGACCAAGAUGAAUGCUACGAUGCCCAUAAAAGACACGUCUGAACAGUUACUGACCGACCCGGCUGACCAGCUUUAAUGUUGAUUCGAGAACUUUGGAAUUUUUUUUUUUUCAAGUUUUGGCCACGCCACCAAUACCGCCUCAGCAUGAUCCACCAAGGGUUCUACGCAUUAUCCGUGUCAACACCGAAGCUCCAUCAGUGCAGGAGAUAGGAACAGUCAUCCGUAGCAUGAAAUCGAACAGGGCCCCAGGGGUCGAUCGCAUAUCAGCUGAGAUGCUCAAAGCUGACCCCGUAGAAUCCGCACAACUACUGCAUUAAUUAUUCUGCAGCAUAUGGGAAACCGCGACAUUGCUGGUCGACUGCACAGUACGAACAAAAUCUGUAAAUUUAUGACGAACUGAAUGUAGCAAGUUGACCUCCAUCGGGUACGAUAAAAAAUUAUGUGUGAUCUUAAAAUUACACUGCUGAUUGCUGAGAGAAAAGUGCUAUAAUUAUAGCACCAACUUUUCAGAGAAACUUAAAAAAAUCUUUAUACGAGAAUCGAACUCAGAGCUUCCGAGUUCACGCCUAACCCCUCUAGGCUGUCCCACCGUGCUGAAGAGAAGGCAAUCAAAGAUAAACAUGUUCCACCAUAACGGAACAAAUUGUUGUACCACUUCGGCCACAGAGAGCGAGAGAAAGCAGUCUCCACAGCGAGGCAGACGACUGAGCGUAGCUGUCCUCGUUUACGUUACUGCAUGUAAAUUUCAAGCGAAUAUGUCUCAAAAGCUGUAAACAGUACGCAUGAUUGGCUGAUUAGGGAGCGGACAGUAUCAUCUCACGGUAAAUGGCUGUAAUUUAGUCACUUCUGCUAUAAUUUUCAGUCAAUGCUUAACUUACGUGUUGUUUAAUUUUCAUGAUUUAUUUCUGUAUGGAUGCAACGCGUCUUAGUAAAGGUACCCAAAAAGGGUGACCUAACUGUAUGCAAUAAUUGGCGGGGCAUCAUGUUACUGUGUAUCGUUCUUAACCGUUAUGUGGCCGGCAAACUUUUUGCUUUUUUCUACACCGUGUAUUUUAAAUGGGUGCUGGGUACCCGGGUAUCCUGCCGGCCACAUAAGGGUUAAAGUCCUCUGCCACGUGAUCCUUAACCGGAUACAGGAGAAGAUUGACGCACCUCUCCGACGGCAGCAAGCAGGAUUCCGUGCCGGACAAUCCUGUGUGGACCAUAUUGUCACGCUCCAUAUCAUUCUGGAGCAAAUCAAUGAAUUCCAAGAAUCUCUCUACCUGGUGGUCUGGUCAUUGAUUACGAAUAAGCUUUCAACCGUCUCAAUCACGGAAACAUGUGAAAAGCCCUCCAGGCGCAAGGGUCUCCCUGAGAAUAUCAUCGGCCUCAUUGAAGCACAGUACAGGGCAUUUUCGUGCAGAGUACUGCACAACGGUGUUUUGUCCGACCCCAUCCGAGUUGUUGCUGAGUGAGGCAAGGAAGUAUACUAUCACCGCUACUGUUCCUCAUCGUAAUCGACGAUUACGAUUACGGUAGGUACGAUUGACCGUGAACCACGUCGUGGAUUGCUGUGGCAGCCCAUUACCAUGGAGCACCUAGAUGCCUUCGAAUUGGCUGAUGACGUUGCUCUCCUAGCUCAACGACGCUCUGAUAUGCAGAGCAAGCUCGAUGAUCUUGUUAAUCGCUCCUGUCCUAGGUGGGCAGUCAGUGGAGAAUGUUGAAAGCUUCCAAUAUCUUGGUAUCCAAAUAGAGGCAGCCGAUCGACUAGCGAAUGAGGCAAGAACAGAUCCAGCCGUUGAAGUGCCGAUUCCGGGUGAAGACGCGUUAAGGACGAUAAAGCAAGCGAUACGACAACGAUGGGAGAACAACUGGUUCGAAACACGAGAGGCGAAGCUGAGAGAAAUCAAACACGAUACGUACCGGUGGACAGAUCACGGCAAUGCAGCCGACCAGCGAGUGCUUACACGCCUGCGGAUAGGCCAUACACGCCUGACACACACGUUCCUUCUGAAGAAGGAACCCCCACCAACAUGCGAGUGCUGCGGAACUACACUGGACGUGCGACACGUGAUUUUGAAUUGUAGAAAAUAUGAAAGGGAGCGACAGGAGAAUAAUAUUGGAACGACUAGUUUACGAGACGCCUUAUCAAACGAGGAAGAAAAAACAACUAGGAUUCUGAAAUUUUUGCGCGACUCGGGAUUGUACAAGCAACUGUAGACUUAGAAUAACAAAUUGCAAAUGAGUGAUUUUUUUUUGCGAUACGAGAUUUGCGAACAAUUGUAAUAGAAUAACAAAUUGUAAUCAAAAUGUGAAUUAGACCGUGCGACAUGAAUGCACCCUUCCGGUGUAAAAUGUCGGAAAUAAACAAACAAACAAACAAACAAACAAAUAGCGGCCGAUAGCGGCACCAAGAUCGACAUAGGUGCACGGAUAAAGAAUGGGAGGGCUGCUUUUGCGAGUUUAAGAAAUGUAUGGAAAAACAACCAGAUCAGUAGACGCACGAACGUGAAAUCUGUGCUGCUAUACGCCAGUGAAACCUGGUGUGUACCAGUGGAGAACACGCAACGGCUAUAAGUCUUCAUCAAAUGAUGCCUGCGGUAUAUAAUUCGUGCAUGGUGGCCUCACAAUUGGAUCUCCAACGUGGAGCUCCAUCGUCGUCCAUCGUCAAAAGCUGAUAGCGACAGAAAUCGGGAGCGAAAGUGAAGGUGGGUCGGCCACACUCUACGCAGGGACGGAAACGAAAUCCGCAAACAAUCGUUAGAUUGAAACCCAGCAGGACAUCGCAGCAGAGGCAGACCCAGAGGCUUAUGGCAGCGCAGCCUUAACAACGAAAUCAAGCAAGUCGACAGAAAUUUGACCUGGUCACAGGUCAAGGCGAUAUGGCAGGCAAUAGCCCAGGAUGGAAAUAUUUCAAUUCGGACCCCUGUAUCACCGUUUGUGCCCAGGACUGAAAUAAUAAUCAAUAUUGCGCCUUUUAUAUGGUCAUGCGUACGGAGUAUUAAACAGGAUGCACGGCUAGACGUCGUGUGUAAAUCGAUCUUAAAGCUUCCUUUGAUCACUCCAUCCUACUAGCCAAAUUGGAAAGGAUGGGCGUAUCUGCUGACUCUGGAGCCAAUAGUGUGGGUCAUCGGAAGCGUUUUCUCAGAUCAAAGCUUUUUUGGUUUCGUUUCGGGUCCUGAGUAUCUGUGCAAAAUUUGAGCACGAUCGGUUGCAUCUACACUUUGCGCAUUGCAAUUGAAAUUUAUAUGGGAUUUUGUAUAAGAAAACAUACUUUUUUGCAUUUUAGCCAUAAGUUGAAAAAUUUGAUCUGAAACUUUUUAACCGAUACUGUAAAAUGAUAGCCUAGGAUGUUCUGAAGAACUUUGUUGAAUGGGGGAGCGGACCUGGUUGGAUGGUUAGAACACGUGACUAUCACGCCGAGGACCUGGGAUCGAAUCCCACUCCCGACAAACUCACAAAAUGUGAGUUCUUCCUUCGGAAGGGAAGUAAAGCGUGGGUCCCGAGAUGAACUAGCCCAGGGCUGGAAAUCUCGUUAAUACAGAUACAAAAAAAAAAACUUUGUUGAAGACCGCAAAACGAUCCGAUGCUUGUGAAAAUAGUUAUAACCCACUAACCGCAUGCAUGCACAAUAGCAACAAAAUCAUGAUGAUUCGCCAAGCAAUGCCAACGCUAUAACUUUUUUCAUAAGCAUCAGAUCACUUUGCAAUCUUCGACAAAGUUUUUCAGGACACCCUAGGCUAUGUUUUCACUUUAACGGUUACAUGGUUUUAGAAAAAUUCGAGCUUGUCAUGAGAGAAAUGCAAAAAAAUGUGUUUUCCCAUGUAAAACCCCAUACAAACUUCAAACGCGAUGCGCAAAACGUAGACAUAACCGAUCGUGCCCAAAUUUUGCACACUUAUUUGGGUCCUGAAAUGGGAUCAAAAAAGCUUUGACCUGAAGGGAUACCAUUGAAUUUUUCACUUUUCCAUAAAAACGAUGACCCACUCUAGGAGCCACCCUACUGAUCUGCUGACUUGGUUCAAUGGUUCGACCAAGACCGCAAACUGUGUGUAAAAAAUAGUUCAGCCCUCUCAAUCAGUUUUAGCAACAUUUCUGGGGUUCCACAAGGAAGCAAUCUUGGACCAUUGCUGUUAACUAUUUUCUUGAAAGGAAUAGUUCUCCCUUAAGGACAGAUUUGUUAGAAUCCCAAAAUGGCCGCCACAAUGACCGACUUUAGCACCUACCCACGAUUUCGAGCGCACAAAUCUCUUCAUGAACAAAACCACCGCACCUGAGCUUCUUAUUUUAAGCUUAUUACAAGUGAGCAAGAACAGAAUAAUGAAAUGCGCUCUUGUUUGAAGCUUGCUUCUUGAGAUUUGUGCUUCUGAAGUUUUGAUGCACUGUUUGAGCUGGAUUUCAAGACGUUUGUCCUUAAGGAUGCAGAGUUUUUUAUGCAGAUGACGUCAAGAUUUUUGUUGUCGUUCACAGCCUUGUCAACUGCACCUACAACAGUUAAUCAACGAGUUCAGCAAUUGGUGUUGCCGAAAUAACCUGCAAUGUUAUUAGUUUUCAUCGCAAGCUAAAGCCAAUUAUGUAUGAUUAUGUGAUCAACGAUCAACCGUUGCUGAGGAUUGAAAUUUAUUAAGAUUUAAGAUAUCCCAGAAGAAGUUCUUACAAUAGCUCAAAUAGGAAUCUUGGAAUAAAUCUUCGGCAACGCAAGAAAGAAUUUUUAAAUAUAGUUCUGGAUCAAUUCUUGUACAGAUCCGGACAACGGAUUCCAAACCUGAAAGGUGUUGACGCGCAGGAUAUUUUGCAAGAGUAUUUUAGAAAUCGCAAUAGCGACUGAUUAUGAUCAUCAUGAUCUAAGUAUUUACACUGCUACGUGAAAUCCUGCCAUCAAUUUGAAAUCAUUUUACCCUUCUUCUUCUUCUUUAUGACUCUACAUUCUCACUGGGACUUGGCCUGCCUCGCUUCAACUUAGUGUUCUUAGAGCACUUCCACAGUUAUUAAUUGAAGGGCUUUCUUUGUCUGCCAUUGCAUGAAUUUGUAUAUUGUGAGGCAAGUACAAUGAUACACUAUGCCCCUCAAUGUUAUCAAUAGUGUUUACUGCUACCAUUUAGUGACAUGUCGAAUCAGACGUGUACUAGGUUUGCAUUAAUUGUUUAAUUUUAAGUAAAAAAGUUCCAAUGAGCACUUCAGGUUAAAGAAGUCUUCUCUGAAAGUUUCACGUAAAUUUCUGAAACAUAAGAGCAAAAGACUGGCGAACAUCCUAUUUUGGCUGAAAAUCACAUGUAAAUUUCAACUCAUUUGCAUCAGCUCACACAGAUAAAAAUAAUGAGAUUUACACAUCAUGUAAACUUCAUUUUAGUCGUGUUAACGCUCAGAGUCAUGCUGAAUUACAUGACAUAUAAUGGAAAUUUACAUGAUACUUUAUGACUUUUACAUGAUAUGUCAUGUAAACUUAUGUGAUAUCCCACGCUCCAAACAUGUGCAUCAUUUGUCACAGAAUUUUACACUCCUUUUUCGAUUUGUGCAGUUUAACCGACUCACCUGAAACUUUCACUAAACCCCGUAAACAGCUGCAUAAGCAAUGAUUAUGUGGUUAUUGAAAUGAUAUUCAAUAUUCAUAAAAUGGCGAAUCAAAUAAUCAAAUAUUGCUUUUGUAAUCACGAUAUUUACGAACAAAAAGAAAAAUAAAUUUACAUGAGACGAAAAUUUCAUUAGUCGGACGUAAUCAACAACUUAGAUUUACAAGCAUUACGCUGAAAAUUGCAUCUUUCUUGUGGAAUUAAGUCUUGAAAGUCGGAAAAUGUUAGUAACUCAUUUGAAAUAAAGUGUUGAAAGACUUAUAAUUACUUGUUUUGACGUGCGUACGUACGUCUCCCAAGACGCUUGUAUAUGUCCAGGAAACAAGACGAUUUUUCUAGAUGUGUAGAAUAACAUUUACGCAGUUAUUUACACUGUUUAGUGAAUCUCCCUAUUGUUCUUCUUUCUCAUUGGCAUAAUGCUCUGUGAGAUAUUACAAUUUUUAUUUCAUUCCAAACAAAUUUGGGCAGCCCUAUGUAUAUCUUCGGUUGUCAUUGUUAUAUGUACCGAAUCAAGACCUUUUGACUGAGUACAAAAUCUCCGCAAAGAAUGAUUUUUCGCCAUGCCUUGUCAUGUAAUUUUAGACUAACAAUGAGGUUCACUUUCAUCUCCACCCGUAAUUCCGUAUGUAACGAUUCCGCCGGUCGUUCACAACCGACAGACUUUUUUAAUGAGGAAAGGAGGAGGUUUCUGACCAAAGUCGAAACAUUUUCAAAAUUGUGAACACACAAAAGUCUACAAGAGGGAGGAGAUGGGUCUAAGAUGGUCAUACUUUAACCCUCUAAUACCCAAAUUUUUGAUUUUGAUCUAAAUAUCAUUUUUCGUCAUCUAAAAUCAAUUUAAACAUGUUUUGGAAGAUGAUUCUUUUUAAUUCUCGAUUUCGUGAAUUUCAGUUUUUGAUUUUUCUGAUUUUUAUUUUUGAAAAUCCCCACACUUUUAUAUUUUUCCUGGAGGUUAAUUUGGGGAACGGAUUUUUUGAGAUGAAAACAUUUUGAGAUUUUAUGAUUAUUGUUGAAAUAUUAUUAUUUUAAUUUUUUUUCACAGAAAAUUCUAUUUUCCGUGUAAUUUUAAGGAAAAUAAUCUUAGAGUGUAUUCGAUUCCCUUAAACUAUUAAGCAAGGAUAGAAUGAUUAGGGAAAAAAUUAAAAUAUGUUAAUUAUAGCGAUUCAAUACAAAGUAAACAAUGACUUCUAAAAGGUGACUAAAACAUCAAUUUUUCAAUGAUUUUGAAAAAAAUGGUAAUUGCGCUUUAAAAUACACCAAAAACCAUUUUGAGAUAUACAGAACAGUCCUAAAUAUCAGCCAAAAAUAUAAAAAAAAUGAUUUUCCACGAAAGAAAAAUUACAAAAAUGCUCAAACUAUACCCCGUCUAAAGGCGGGAUUGGGUAUUAGAGGGUUAACCUGCGUUGUUCAAGAACAGCAAACAUUCAAUUCUCAAGUCAAAUCGAAACACUUCAAUGUUCGGCAAAGAUGCACAAAAAAGGCGAAGCACACAAGGUGCUAAUGAGAGUCAGGUAUCACUCGUUCGCCCACAGCGGAACCCAAAAAAAAAGAAAAGAUGGGCAGAGGAAUGAAAAAAUAACCAAACCGGGAGUCCCGUUCCCGUAAAACACAAACUCGCCCUAAUUGGGCUUACUUUUACAAGACGGCACGUGACUUUCGUUGGUGGCGUUUGACCAGUGUGAAAAUCGGACCACGAACCGUGACGAGGCGAUGGCGAUGGCGACGACUCCGUUGGUGGUGGUAGUUUGGUUCGAUGAUUCGGUCGAAAGUCAGUGAAGCGAUUUUGAUACCUGCUACCCAGUGCCCGCCCGGUAUGUGGUGGAUUUCGGUGGGAUUUAGAAACAAUCCAAUUGCGAGUACUCUGACGUAGACUAAAAUUAGCGGUACAGCGUGACUCUCGGAUAGUGUUGGCUUGAUCUAAAAUUUGAAUGACAACUGAACUUGACUUGAAAAGAAAAGAAAGACGAAUAAGGCUAGCUCAGAGGCAGAUUUAGCACCAAUAUUGCGACAUUUUUUGACGUUUUUUUUGGCACGAACAAAUGUUACUAGCUGAUGGCCCAUUUGCCUACAACUGUGAAGACGUGGAUAUUCAGCAUGCCCAGCCCAUGCUGAGGAUGCUGGGUUCGCUUACCGAGCGGUUCAGGAACUUUUCGUGAAUCAUAUUGCUUCAACUUCCUUGGGCACAGAGUAUCUUCGUGCCUGUCACACUGUUGCCGAUACUGGCAGCACUGCUUGGAAUCGUUUAGCGAUGCCCCUGGUUCGAAGUCUGCCCUUUUGUACGCGAGUGACAUGGGAGAGAUACCUAUGGCUAAACUGUCAAAAAUGUCCAUAGCUUGAGUCAGUUGUCAGUUUCAGUUGGAACAAACAUUAAAUUAUGCAAGUCAGAACUUUGUAAAUUCUACACGAUCAGGACUAAAUUGACUGCAAAUAUUUAAUAUCUGGAGCAACAUUUGAAAAGGGCAUACAAGCAUUGGUAAACAAUGACUUCACACGUCGCUCCUGAGCCCCCCUCAGCUUAUUCACAAAAACUAAGACCGUUAUCAGAUAGAGCAAACAUCGAUCUUUCGGAUAACGGUGUUCAUUUGCGUGGGCGGGCUGCUGUUAUGCCCUACGGAGCGUUUUAGAAAAAAGACACAAGACCUCUUGGGCCCUUUUCAAAUGUUGCUCCAGAUAUAUUGAAUUCGUUGAAUUGAAACGCCCCUAGAAACAAUCAUAUUAGUUAGGUUGAGUACAUGGGCAGUUGAACUAAUUAAGUAUUAUUGAUAUAAAUAUCCCCAGGUAAUCAACAAUUAUAAGAAAGAGUGGAUACAAUUUGUUGGAUAGUUUGCACUAAGAAAGACUAAAUUGUAAGUAUAAAUUCACGUUGCACUAGUAUAUGUUGACUAAUAAACUUUCUUCAGCUUCAAGAAUUGCGACACAAACAAAAAGGUGUGUUUCUCUGAAGAGGUCCAAAAGCGAUAUCCAACAAAGCUUGAAGAAUUUAUUUCCGCCACUACGAUGCCAGAGACGGAACGCAACGACUGUAAGGUCUGUCGACGAUCUAACAAUAUAGACAAUAUGGUGUUGUGCCCGCGUUGCGAGGAAUGGUUCCAUUAUCAGUGCGUAGGAGUGGAUGAUGCUGUAGCCAACCGGAGUUGGGUAUGCGGGAAUUGUUUGAUUAUGCCACCAAUUGAUCCACCCGGCCAAACUAGUACUCCAGUGAGUAAUGUCUCAGAAGGACAGUCAGCAUCAACACCAAGGCAACCAACCAUUGUGAGCAGUGCCUCAUCCAAUAUGACAUUACCCAGAACAACGAUCGCAGGAAAUUCAAUGAAUCCCAGGCAAUCGAUCUUAACCGAGUAAGCUAGGGCAAGCCUCCAGUGGAUACAGGAACAACGAGAAACACUGGAGCGAGAGAUGGAGGAAAAUCACCGACGGGAAAUGGAACGCAAGCGUCUGGAGCUGAAAAAGUUGGCUAAUAAAGCGAUGAUGGGAAUAAUUGACAGUACGAAGAACGAACUGGUGAACAGUUCAAAUGAGCAGUCUGAAGCAGCAGGUAUCAGUAAAGUACAGAACUGGAUGCAACAGAUGGUUGGCGAGAUGAGAAACCUUUCGAUUGCUCAGCCGAGCGCAAGGGCCGAGGAAAUUGUUUCGGGCGAACCUACAUUUGACAUCAGUUCCUUUCUGACCACUCGAGAUACGACUUUGAGUGGACUUGACCCAACCUCGUCGUCAGCUAUACAAGGAUCGCAAAGCAGGUCAGUGGUCAUUCCGGCAACAACUAUUCCUUCGGUUCAACCGAUGCCCGUCGCCGUCGGAACAUCCCAGCUUGGCUCAGGAAGUUGGCUGGAUAUAAACAUGCAGACUGAAAUUAAUCGUUAUCAGCAUUUAGGAAUGCUGCCGAGAGGGUUAGCUAGUCGAGUGCCACCAGGGUUGGGAAUCAAUACACAAACAAAUGUUGUAACGGUCUGCUCUACGAUUCCAACCGUGGGUUCUACGUCGAAUCAUUCGGGUCUUCCGGUUGUACCCGGUUUAACGAUUGCUGAUAAUCUAUUGACAAAUACGCAAUCACAGUAUCAUCCCGGGAUAGCAACGAAUUUAAGUGCUCCCUUCGUGCCAUCAGCAACCUCUUUACCUAACUCCGUUCAUGGGCUGCCAUUUAACAUCGCGAUGAAUGGGAGUAGCCAGGCCUUCCAGCAGUUUCCAGCUGCAGGAUAUGCAAAUAAUGUAGGUGCAAAUCGAGGAGUUCCCCUAGGUCAGAGUAACUUCCAAAGUUUUCCAAGGAUGCAUAAUCCGCUAGCUCAGCUCCAAAUCGUUCCUACGCAACACCAGCUGAUGGCGCGGCAGGUUAUGCCCAAGGACCUUCCUGUAUUCAGGGGGGACCCAGAAGACUGGCCAUUGUUCUAUAGUGCGUAUGUCAAUUCGACGACGGCGUGUGGAUAUUCGGACGUCGAGAACCUGGCCAGGCUUCAAAAAGCACUGCAAGGCAAGGCCUUCGAUGCUGUUAAGAGUCGGUUGUUACUUCCAGCAUGCGUGCCGCAAGUGCUAAACACUCUAUACAUGUUGUUUGGGAGACCGGAACUGAUAAUUCAAACACUAUUGAAUAGGAUACGCGAGGUGCCGCCUCCAAGGUCAGACCGGUUAGAUACAUUGAUCUCAUUUGGUAUGGCCGUCCAGAAUCUUUGUGACCAUUUAGAGGCAGCGGGGCAGAUAGUACACUUGUGCAAUCCGACUUUACUGCAGGAACUGGUGGAAAAGAUUCCAGCACAACAGCGGUUGGAUUGGGCACUUUACAAACGGCAGUUCAUGGCGGUCGACUUACGUACAUUCUCGACCUACAUGUCAACUCUCGUCGCUGCAGCCUCCGAUGUCACGGUCAUCACAGACACUAAGCAGUCGCAAGCAGGAAGAAGUGAUCGAGGAAAAGAGAAAAAUUUUCUCAAUGCGCAUUCCUCGGCUGAACCAUCGAAAAGGGAAAUUUUAGAGGAAAACAUUUCUGGAGUGGUGUGCUUAGCUUGUAACGGAUCCAACCACGAGGUUAAAGAUUGCGUGAUCUUUAAGAAAUGGAGUCCUGAGAAUCGAUGGGAAAUUGUUAGAGACUAUCAUCUCUGCAAGAUGUGCUUGGGGAAACAUGGGCAGCGACCUUGUAAGCAACAAGGAAAUUGCGGAAUGGAAGGUUGUCAGCUACGACACCACCCGUUGCUGCAUGUUGAAUGUCAAAAGCAGCAAGUUACGACCGAGUUGCAGCCGAAUGCAGGAAAUGUAAAUGUGAGUUCCGGAGAGGGAGUAAAUGCUCAUCAUUCUACAGGAAAUGCUACAAUGUUCCGUAUAAUUCCCGUAAAGCUUUCCUGGAAUGAAAAAUCAGUUGAGACCUUUGCGUUUUUAGAUGAUGGUUCAUCGAUGACGUUUAUGGAACAGUCAAUCGCCGAUCGUUUGGGCAUAAAUGAUGGAGAAUCACUUCCUCUUGACCUAGCUUGGACGGGCAACAUUAAUCGACAAAUUGCAAACUCCAAGCGGGUUUCCAUUGAAGUUUCUGGUCUAGGCGCCAGUAAAAACUUUACUCUGAACGAUACUAGAACAGUUCCGAACCUAGAACUUCCGAGGCAAACACUGAAGUACGAAGAGUUGUCUCGUCAAUAUGCUCAUUUGAAAGGACUGCCAAUCAGCAGCUAUGAAUCGGUUUCACCUGGUAUAUUGAUCGGCUCGAACAAUGCUAGCUUGAUUGCAACGUUAAAGUUACGUGAAGGAGAGCUAGGCGACCCGCUGGCUGCUAAGACUCGAUUGGGUUGGUCUAUCUACGGACAUUUAGCUGACAUGCGGAAGACACAGAAUUUUAGCUUUCAUAUUCGUGAAAGCUCUGAGAAAUAUAAAGUCGUUGAAAAGCUGGAAAACUGCUGUCCCAAAUCUGGAGAUGCUGACACGUGUACUUCAAGAAGGUCAACGAGGCAUGUAUCACGAGAGAUUAAACUCGACAAGCUGAAGUCACACAAGGAUUAUGUAUCAAGUGGAAUUGAAACAGAGAAAGGUUGCUGGAAUGCGGUGGAAUGUAGAACAUGGUCGACUAGACGAGGCAAUGGAUGGAACCAAACACCUAGGGAUACGGAUGCCUCGGUAAAGGACGAUAUAUCGUCACCAAAGCCAGCAGUGCUGAUGCGCCAUUCUGUUGGUAACGCGCUCUACAACGGAUACGGAAGUGCGUUACGGGCCGGGGAAUGUUGCCGAUACUGGCAGCACUGCUUGGAAUCGUUUAGCGAUGCCCCUGGUUCGAAGUCUGCCCUUUUGUACGCGAGUGACAUGGGAGAGAUACCUAUGGCUAAACUGUCAAAAAUGUCCAUAGCUUGAGUCAGUUGUCAGUUUCAGUUGGAACAAACAUUAAAUUAUGCAAGUCAGAACUUUGUAUAUUCUACACGAUCAGGACUAAAUUGACUGCAAAUAUUUAAUAUAUUGAAUUCGUUGAAUUGAAACGCCCCUAGAAACAAUCAUAUUAGUUAGGUUGAGUACAUGGGCAGUUGAACUAAUUAAGUAUUAUUGAUAUAAAUAGUAAGUAACAUGAAUUGGCUUUAAAAUCCUUCGGAAAGAAUUGAAUUCAUUGUUUAGUCCCCAGGUAAUCAACAAUUAUAAGAAAGAGUGGAUACAAUUUGUUGGAUAGUUUGCACUAAGAAAGACUAAAUUGUAAGUAUAAAUUCACGUUGCACUAGUAUAUGUUGACUAAUAAACUUUCUUCAGCUUCAAGAAUUGCGACACAAACAAAAAGGUGUGUUUCUCUGAAGAGGUCCAAAAGCGAUAUCCAACACACACGAUAUUUAUAAACAAACAAAAUGGGCAUUGAUAGAGACAGGUUUAAGUUGAUAAAUGUGGAAUUACUCAUAGUCCCAGUGGACGUUUUGUCAAGAAGAAGCUGACACAGUAAAAAUAAUUAUUUAUGACCAGUCGAACUGUACACUAAAUAUGCCGUAAAAAUGCCACUAAUUACUAAAUUGAAGGUCAGCAGACAGGCUCAAAAAGAAAGCGAAAUUUGUUCGAGACUAGAUCAUCGGUGGUCUGUGUUAAUGUUACGUGCUUUCUAUUCAAGCCAUAUUGAACAAGAAGUGUAGUUUGACUGAAUUGAUUUGGCUGAAUGUAAUAUAAUUGAAAGGGUAUUAUAUCCGAUGAAAUUGUGUUAUACCAGUUUCACCGUACACAAUCGCAACUAAAACAGUUCACGACAAAUGGACAAACAACAUUCUUUCCGUACUAUGACGGUAAGAUCACGCCAAACCCGGGGCGUCGGAAAGGCCAUUCAGUCAUGUCCCGCCGCCAGUACUAUGGCAAUACGUAAUAAAUCUUCCCUUGCGCAAGCAACAUUGCAGCCGUGCCGUAUCGUGUGGUGCACGUGACAUUGAAACCUCGCACCGCGGCGACAAAAAUGCGGGCGAACAAAAAAUAUGCAGAAAAUCUCGCGAUUCUCGCCUCGAGUGUGUGUCACUUUGCAUUUCCCAAGUAACAAUUUCAAUUCCUUUUAGAUUUGAUUAUUUUUAUGGAAGCUUUAUCACAGCAUGACCAAUUCAUGGAACAUUUAUAGUUGUUUUUAUCAAGAGAAAACAAUCUUCGUUCGUUUGCGGUUUUUAAGUUGUCUUCAAGUUAAUUUUGAAAUUCGCGCAUAAAACAACUGAAUUUACAAGAGCAUUAAAUCUUAUAAUAAGUUUUAAGGUGUAUUUGAAGUUAUAUUCAACACAUAACAUCAACAUAUUUUAUCAACAUAUUUUAUUCACUCUUUGGCGAGCGAUCGUGCGAGACAGUCGCAACUUUUCGUUCGUCCGGUUUGUCUCCCGAUACU